GACCUGUCGUGCUGCCUACUUGGCCACUUCAUUAUUAGCGCUAUCCUAUCAGCAUAAGCCUGCCUUACUCUGUAUUCUGAAGGCCAUAUUAAUAUUAUAUCCUGAUGCAGUGAGUAGGAAGGGCAUUAUGCAGGAUCAAACGACUCAAAACAAUCAAAUAUCUGUGAUUUCUGGAGAUUAUAGGGACUUAACGUUUGGGACAGCUGGGGUUUAGGAUUGUAGCUAUUGUAAGCUAUAUAGAGGUAUAGAAAUUGUUCAUAUUCAUACAUGGUUGCUGUAGUAAACUGGCUUUCUAGGCUUGUUGUUAUUGCAAGUACAUUAUUAUAAUUAGCAAGUUGCAGUGAUUUUCUCUAUAUACUGUUUUAAUAAGGAGCUACUACAGAUAGACACAAAUUUUUGAUGUAACAUUGGAAGGAAAUAUAUAUGGAUGGGGCAUUUGUCCUAAAUGCACACAAAAUUUGGAGAUUUAGGCAUUUCUCCAAAAUACACAAUUGCAAAUAAACAAUUGCAGCUUUUUAGUUGAUGACCAUGCCAUAUUGACCACGCUUUGUGCCUUUUAGAUGAUUACCUGGCAUUCACCUGCACUGUUCACCUAAGUUUGAACUGAUGUGCUUUUACUUCAAUCAUUUUCGUGUUACCUGUAGGCAGUGGCACAUGGCCAGUGAAAUAUAGAAACUGCUAUUUCACAUGGGCAAACUCAGGAAUUAUUUUCACAUACUACACAAGCAAAGAUAGCCAGAACAUAAACAUUUCUGAAAUCAAAAUAAAAGGUACAUCAAGGAGGAGAAAAAGUAUUGGAGUUAUUAAAUGCUGCAGAAGCAACGUUUUCAAGCUAAUGGAUGUUUAGAAAGAUUGAACUUGAUUAGUGAUAAUCGCUAAUUAACAAGUUGAUGGUGCUUAUUGACAUUACAUACAGGCAUAUAGGUACAUAAAGUUUAAAAUUUGGCAUCAGGGUGUAGUUUAUAUGGACUCUGCUCGCGCAUAUGACCCUAUUUGAGAGAGCUAGAUAAAGAUUAUGUCUAGCACUCCUGCAAUAUCAAUAAUUCUGUUUUACUAUCACUGAUCUGCAAGGAGUGUGAGAUCUAAUAGUAAACAGUCAACACUUCCAAAGUACAGUACAAUAUUUGAUAGGCACAUCAUCCUACAAAGGGAUAUCCUCUUUAUAUUGGUGAGUCACUCAGCAGGGUUGCCUAUUAUUCAUCCUCAAGAUUUCUACUACACGUGGCCUGUGUAAUAUAUAAACACAAAGCACCAGGAAAUGCAGGCAGUAAUACUACAUCAGAUACAGCAUGUGGAUAUAACUAUUCAACACGACUUAUUAUCAUUCAGAUUUGCAAUCACAAUUGGAAUAUAAAAUUGAUUGCUCGAAAAUUAUUCAGAAAUUGAACAUUGUAAACAUCACCCCAGGGUUAUUGACAUCCAUGAUGGGGAAGAAAACGAAACGCAAAGGAAGUCAGGAUUUACAGGCCUCCAAUGGUCUUGAGGUCGUCAGUAAAGAACAUUUUCUAAAUCGCCUUAAGGGAAUGACAAGCACAUGUGUAGAGUGCGAGAAAGAACGAUCGAAACCAGUCAAGUCACGAAGACGUCAGAGCAAGGUUAACAGCCCUAUUGUAAUCAAGCUUAAGGACUCAUUAAAACAGGCAGCGACAAAAGCUAGCCACAAGCGCAGCGCUAAAGAACCGAAGAAAACAGAAAAUAGCCCUGCAAUGCUCAAAUUUAGUGAUCUCCUAUUCGCUCACACGGAGAGUACUUUCGAUCUGAAAGAUGCGAAGAAUUGGAAAAAUUUCAAUUCAUUUUUGAGCGCAAUAGAAAAGGUGCAUCAUAAGGACCAUCAUCCGGAAAUGCUCCUUGCGAAUCUUGACCCGGCUUUUUGGGUGAAUCAGGAUAAACUCAGUCUCCAAAUGCUCAAUAAUGUUGUACUUGGGAACGAUAAGGAUCUGAAACUAGGCAGCAGUAACAACUCCAAACCAGGGAGUUUCAUCCAUAAUAACAUUGAUGUUAUUUGUAAUGAUCUUUCAUCUAGUAGCUCCAAGACCAACGAUGACCAGAGCACAACUAGUGAAGAUAUCUCCGAGGUGUCUUCUGUUGUUUCGGAUGUCUCAGAAUCUCAAACCGAAUCUGAUUCAGUCGCAUCAUGCACUGGUGAAGAACUGGUGCCUGAGGAAAUUGAGAAGCUUGUUGAGUUCACAUCUGGUUUUUCUCUGACAAAAUAUGACUGCCCCCAGCAGGAAUGCCCCGAGUGUCUUGCUAUGUUCUACAAAUCAUUCCAGAAUCAGGAAAAAUCUGAUGCAACAUCGUCAAACGACGAUCAGCAAAAAGAAAAUGAAAGACCAAAACCAAAACAACAAAAGCCACAUAGCAAGAAAAAGGCUAAGAAAGUGACUGCACCAUCUCCUAGGAAAGUCCUGGCUGACAAAGUGAACACUAGUAUUAACAAAAAGUCAACAGCUGUGACUGUGAAGCAGCAGCACAAAACCAGACCAGUUAAGACUUCAGUUGUGUCUGUUGCGAGUAUUAUUAAGGACAAACCUUUAGAACCAGUUAUAGUUGAAACCCUCAACAGUGUAUAUGUUGAUCUCACAGACAGUGACAUAUCAUUCACUGUUUAUAAAUCCGAAAGUCCCAAUCCCCCUCAGCUGAUGGACUGGUACUACAACCAGCACAUGUAUAACACUAGUAAUUUCUGGUACCCUCAUUCUUACCCCCCGUACAACCAGCCAUACGGUGGGCACGGUGGCUAUAACUACUUCAACCCGGGAAUGUACUAUCCAACCCAUGUGUAUACAGUACCACGACCAAUUUGUGUGCCUCGAGACCUGGAAUGUCUGCAAUCUUCAAAGCUUUGUAUGAUACCAGCCCAGGAUAUUCGAAAAU